CGACAGACGCAAAACCGCGAUGCUCGUCCCGCACAGGCAGCGAUGCUCGCGCAUCUGCUGUCCUCCCACGAGCGGGAAGGUCUGAGCGUUCUAGUCCCCUCGAACGGUCCCAGAAGGACCCGCCUCUAACCCGGGCGAACGGCGUACCAGAAAUCCGCCCAGCCGCUCACAUCUGCCCGACGACCGGCCCCUCGGGCGUCGCGAGGGCGUGGUGGCAUAGGCCUGAAACCUGCGUCGUGGGACCGGGAGGCGCGCAUGUCCUCAUCUCGACCAUCCGCUGCCCUGUCUUCCCAUAAAUCCGUCCUUCGUCGGCCCAGGCCACACUGCUGCUUCGCGCGCACGCACGUGGAUCCGGGUGCAGCUACCGGGGUGCCACACCUGGCGUCUGUUCUGCGCCCGGAAGACGGCCAGACGUACCCUGUCCUCGCGCGGGGCAGCGGGGAGAGUCGCUCUCCGCCCAUCGCCGCUCUGACGCGCCGGCGUCGGCGCCCGUGCUGUUACCUUUGGGUCCAGCCAUGUGGUUAGCUUGUCCGGUCGCGGCCCGCAUGCACAGCGCACGCCGGGUUCCAGACGGCGGUACUGCUGCGUCGGUGGUGUCCGAGUUGGCGCGGAUGGGGGGCCGAGACGCAACCUGCCUGGCAUGCUGUGCAAGUCCUGUGCGGACUGCGCCGGUGGUGUCGACUUUGGCUCGCGGCGGGAACACGGAUGGGAUGGGAUUGGGCGGCGGCGCGUGCCUUCCUUGAGUGCACUUUGCGGUGCGCGGGCUUGCCCCGUGUAACUCGAUUCAGACUACUCUGCGUCUGUCGGGGUUGGGCUUCCAAUUUUUUACUUCUGUCUGGCCUCUUCGGGGGUUCCUGUUUUGCGGUGACCGGGGAGUUUAUGUCGGCCCUCUCCACCUUGGUGCAUGUCGGUUCGAUGUUCGGACUGACUGUCGAGUACAUCUUUACCAUGUAGGAGCGGCACGAUGCAGAAAAUAUGACUUUCAUCGCUAAUGUACACGGUUCCUAUGUUCUACUCAACCUCUUUCGAUUGGUGUUUGCCCGUAGCUUCAAAGUAUCUGCGAUUAUCAACCUAAAAACGAGCCACACUUUUGCAUUUCACAGUACGCCGUCGAGCUACACAUCAUCCCGGUACCUGAUAUGGAUGAUCGCUAUACCGACUUCCAGCCGCCGUGGUCCUGCACUUCCCACGCAACUCCGCCGCAAUCCACGCCAUUCCGACGAAGACACGGUCUCUGGCUCCGCCCUGCCGCCAGUAUCCGUAUCCUCGGCAGAGUUCAAACCUGCUGGACCGGCCAGCUCCGACUGCGAAUCAUUCCCCGAGUCACGCUCGUCAUUGUAUGGAGCUUCUGGGCUGUCCGGUGAGGAUAGCACAUCGUCGUCCUCUGCGCGCAGAGCAGACGGGGGGAGCUCGACGCCCUCGAAGUUGAGAUGGCGCUCAAGCUCGGCUUGCGACUCGAAGGUGCACGGGGCGCUGGAACGAGCGCAGCGCUUGCACUGGUUGCGGCCGCUGGCGGAACACCGGGCGACGCGCUCGGCGAUGCAGCGGUCGCACUUACGUCUUGCGGAGAUCAGAAUAGGAUGCAUUGGUGCAGCGAGGCGCUGAGUGGGAUAUGGGUGGGCGGGGAUGAGCUUGUUAGUCCUGCCGGUGAUUGCUGCGCCUUCUCUUAUAUUGCCCUACGGAACCAUUGCCAUCGCCAGCUCUUUGGGAUUGUUGUGGGAGACAAUAACAGGAAGGGCCCAAGCGGCCAAGAGCACUCAGCGAAACGGGAGAGGAUUUGGAUGACCAUCACGCAUUGACCUGCCACCGCCCGCACUCCAUGUCGCCUGACUCCCAAAACAACAGCGCGUGCUAUUGUUAGCCUCCAAGCUCGUGUCCACAGGACUCUGCGCUUUGUGUUCAUAAGCAGUAUAUGACUGCAUAUAUGCCUGGGUGUCUUCUCAGAAAUCACCAGCGCCGACUGAAUUGAUACUCACCCAUCCCUCUUCAUCCACCUCGUCCCACUCAGCCCAUGUACCGGUCCACCACCACGUUUGCGAAGCCUACGUGCGACCGCUGCGCGGACAAGAAGACAGGGAAGUGCACGUUCAAGGGACGCCGCGAUUGCACGCAAUGCUCUCGCGCAGGCUUGCGCUGUGUGUGGACGCGCCAGCCGGAGGUCGUUGCGUCGCUGGAUGAACCUGCGAAGAGGGAAGCACACAAUCCCAUAGCGUACGCGGAGGCAGCGAAGGGUGUCUUGGGCGGCCGAGACUUGCUCUGUCCCCCACCGACCAAGCUGGAAGAGAUGGCAUGGCCUCAGUUGCAGCGGCCAGCAGCCAAGACACCGUUGGAGGAGGGGACGAUGCUGGAGGAGGAGGAGGAUUUGCCCAGCCUGGUUGCGGAUACGAAGUCGGAUACCAGCGAGUCGACGGCCGCGUCAGGAAGCGGCGGAGUCAGAGCUGCUGUAAACUGGCAUCCGGUCUGGGGAUGGGGUAUCGACUGGCACUUCGAUGAGGAGUGACCAUUUGCACGUAGCGUAUUUCAUCCUGUCCUCGUGACGGCCUGAGGUUUGGCGCCUAGCGCCACAGA